GGGGGCUUCCGCGGGCGGCCGAAAUGGGGGAGCGGAGGGGGGCGGCGGUGAGAGCGGCGGUGGCGCUGCUCGGGGCGGGCGCCUGCUACUGCCUGUGGCGGCUGGCGGCGGCGCGAUGGCGGCGGGGGCAGCGCGCCGCGGCCGGGGCCGCCCCGGGCCCGCCCGCAGAGAACAGUCCUCCAGUGGCAGCCCAUACCAUGGAUGCGGAUGCUCUGCAGAAACUUAUUCAUUUGCUCCAGGCCACAGAUGAUCCAUUAAUUCAAGAGCAAGCUUUAAUCACUCUCAGCAACAGUGCUGCCUUCUCUGUAAAUCAAGAUAUAAUCUGCAAUUUGGAUGGUCUUUCUGUUAUUGGAGGGAUGCUCUCAGACUGUGUUCCCAAAGUUAAAGAAAAAGCACUAAAUGCACUUAAUAAUUUGAGUAUGAAUAUUAAAAAUCAGGAAGAGAUACAGGUAUAUAUUACUCAAGUCUGUAGGAACGUUGAGUCAGCUCCCCUGAACUCUGAUCUACAGCUAGCUGGGCUCAGGCUGUUGACAAAUAUGUCUGUUACCAGUGACUACCACCAUAAGAUGAUAAACUCACUUCCAUGCUUUCUUCAUUUGCUUUCAGAAGGGACUGAAAGGACACAGAUUCAAGUUUUGAAAGUACUUGUGAAUUUGUCUGCAAAUCCAGCCAUGACAAGACAUCUUCUCAGAGCUCAAGUGCCAUCGAUACUGUUACUUUUUGACACCUGUAUAAACAGAGAUAUUCUGCUUAGAGCCCUGGCAUUUGCAGCAAACUUAAAAAAGAACAUGAACAAUGAAGACGUCACCAUGACUCAGGACCAAUAUAGUGAAGACUCCAUUUUCUUUACGCUCUGCAGUGACUCUCCCCAGUUUGCUUGGAAACUGGCAUCUUUAUUGCACCACCCUGAUAGAGAAGUGAAAGAGCAAGUUGUGAGAAUACUAACACAAUAGUGAUUAUUUUUUUUAAAAAAAACAGACUGACCUGAUGAAAAUAUCUGAUCUUAAGAAUGCUAUGCUAAAAAAAACCCCACCAACCAAUAUAAAAAAAAAAACCAAAAAUUGCUGGCUACUACCAUAUGACUAGGCACAAAUCAGUUCCUACAAAAGAGAAUGCAAUGUAUUAAAUAUAGAGGGCGUAACAGAUUUCCUUUACAAGCAAGAUAAAAGCAAUAGCUUAAUUAGUACUGAGAAACCACUGUACCACUGGUACCUGUACACAAACGGGGAGGAAUAGUUUAAAACAUGAAAACUUUCAUGUGUGAACACUUUCACUCAUCCAAUUAAGUCAAUUGAAAUAUUCUUCUCAAUAUCAAAGAACUUUUGUUACUUUAAAUAUUUACAGCUGUUGAAUAAAUACCUCUAUAGAAUGGUGCAUUGAAGGUUUAGGAAUUAGAGUUUAGGCAUUUACAUUUAUUAAUCUGAUACCUGCUAAAUGGGUGCAGCCAAAUCUUAGAAAAUAUUAAAUAAAAACAAUACCAAACUGUUAUUGGCGUUCUACAAAAUCGGUAUUUCCAAUGAGAGCUGCAUAUUGAAGUUACCCAGCCUAUGUUUUUUCACCUGCACAGAAUAUAUUCUAAAAUCACAUUAUCAUAUGCUUAAUACAUGCAUUCCAUGUAGCCAAACUGCCGUGCAGUUAACCACAACCAUGCAAAGUUUCCAAACUUGAAAAAAAAAAUUUUUUUUUUAUUUUGCUUUAAAAUUGUCACUUUAAGGAAAGCAUAUGUAUUUUUCAAAGUAUUUUAUUAUGAGUCAAAGAUUUGCUGCAACUACAGCUCAACAUCCUCAUCUAUUUUUUAUAAGGUCUACAAGAGCAGUAUCAUACACAUUUUUACAAAGGCUUCCUGUUCUGUAGCAGCCCUCGAGCCUGCUUUGCUUGGAGAGCUUUGCUCCUUUUCCUCUGCAACUGGGAUGUCACUGGAAUAAGUGCUUCUGUUGAGUUAGCCCUGUACAGUUUUAGUCAACAAUGCAGCGUUAAUUCAAAAUGAAAUGGAAUACAUACAAACAUCGUUGUAAAAAACCUGAAGGAAGCUUCACCGAUUAAUAUAAGACAUAGUAGAAAACACUUUAUACACUAAAAUGAGACGACUAAAACUUCCUGAAUACUGCAUCAUAGAGAAAGUAAAAAAAGCACCAGAUGUAAAGGUUAGAAAAAGUUUUCCACCUUAUACCAUUUAAGACAGCUGUAUUACCUAAACUGUUAUCCGAUGUUUCAUCUUUUUAACAUACCCACUCUUCUCUUAAUAAAAUAGUACACUCUUCCCUUUCUGUAAUUCAAGAGAUACUUAUUUUCAGUAGGCAACUUUGCAAAUAGCUACAACUGCAAGAAAAAUGCAGCCUUGAAAAUGCAACAAUACAAUACCCCUGAUCAAUACCAGGGUAAAGCUACAUGUAUGUAAUUUCUCUACAUAGGUAGUUUUAACACCUCAGGAAUGCAAUUAAGGCAGAAAUAGACAAUGGCGUGAUUCCCAGUCAGAACCCUGACAACAACUGUAUUGACAGUGAACUUCCCUUUCUCCCUCCCACUGUUCCAAAGCCACUGUUCAUUUUGUAAUAAGCAAAUUACAUUAAAAUCACUUAAUGUUUUGCCA